GCACCUCCCAAGACCCCCACUCCCCACCCCCCAGCCAGACUGAGUCCGCUCCAGAUCCGCCCCGGGUUUCCUCCGCGUCUCCGGGGUCUCCGCCCCUGCGAGCCAGCUCCCCGGCCGAGCCCGGGCGUCGCCACGCGCUCCAUCCGCACCGCGCGAACCCGGAACCCCGCGUCGCGAACUGGGCCACCGCGCAGACCCGGGCUUCGCAUCCCAACUCGGAGUCGAGACCCGCCGGCGUGGCCGGGGCCCCGCGCGUCAUCCCUGUGUAUAGACCCUCCCUCGGCCGCCGUGGCUGUCCUGGCAUCCCGGCUCCGGCUCCGGCGAGAGGAAUGAAGCUGGAAGCCGGCGGUGGCGUCCCUAAGCCCGAGACGGAGGCUGCGCCCGACGCGGAGCCGAGCUCGCAGACCCGGCCAGAGGGGUCGGGGGCCACGGCCAGGUCCGGAUCGGGGCCCGAGGCUGAGGCCGAGCGGUUGGACUUCGUGGUGGCCACGGAACGGGAGUUUGAGGAGGUGCUGGCCAUCUCGGGGGGCAUCUACGGUGGCCUCGACUACCUUCCCAGCCGCUACCACAGCUGGCUCCGGGAUCCCGACCGCACUGUGGUGCUGGCUAAGCGCAACGGAGGCGUGAUCGCGCUGGAGUCGGUGCACGUGAUCGACGCCGGGGAGACGGCGCUGGUGGAGGGGCUGCGCGUGGCGCCCUGGGAGCGCGGCAAGGGCGUGGCCGGGCUGCUGCAGCGCUUCUGCGCGCAGCUGGUCAAGCGACAGCACCCGGGGGUCAAGGUGGCACGACUCACCCGGGACGACCAUCUGGGCCCCCGGGAGCUGAAGAAAUACCGCCUGAUCACCAAGCAGGGCGUCCUUUUGGUCCGAUUCAACGCGUCGGCGCUGCUGGCGGGGCUGGGCGCGCGGCUGGCGGCGCUGCGGGCCUCCGGCACCUUCUCGCCGCUGCCCACCGAGGCCGUGUCCGAGGCGGGCGGCGACGUGGCGCGCCUCCUGCUGUCGCCCUCUGUGCAGCGCGACGUGCUCCCGGGCGGGACCAUCAUCCAGGACUGGCAGCCCUACCGGCCGAGCGAGAGCAACCUGCGCCUGCUGGAAGCCAAGGGCCUGGAGUGGCGCGUGGACAGCCGCGCGCGCCCGCGCGUGCUCACGCUGUGCACGCGCCCCUUCCCCAUCCCGCACGGCGGCGACGGCACGUGGCGCUACCUUAACAUCGACGCCUUCGGCAGCGACGGCGCGCAGGUGCAGAGCCAACUGCUGUGGCACCUGCAGCGCCAGGCCCCGCGUCUCGCCGGCCUCAACGUCAUGUGCCAGCUCUUCCUGGCUCCCCAGCUGUGGCCACAGCUGGCCGACUUCUGCCAGGCCGGCCUGGGGCUCGAGCUGGUCAAGGGUUAUACCGAACAGUACCUACUGGAGGCCGACAUUUGAGGGCUCCACUCUCAGCCUGGAGAGAUGAAGCACUUUAUUUUAUACCCGCCUGCUUCCGCAGAUCCCCAGCCAGACCCACCGCCUGCCACCUGCUAGCUCCUCCCCUCCCCUGCGCUCAGCUCAGCUGUGACUCGCCUGCGGCCCGGUGUCCUCCUUGUGGCCUUUAGCCCUUUCCACUCUGCCUGCCAUCUUGCGCCACCGUUGCCUACGCCUUGACUGCCAGAUCUGGGGGAGCUCCUGGCGCUGCUCUUGUCCACCCUCUCUCCUUUCCCAGCCAAAGAGCCAUCCCUUCCCUGGCUUCAGAGCCUCUCCCUACCCAUCACCCUGGCCUGGGGGUGAACGCUGCCCUUCCUGGCUUCUCCCUGCCUUUCCCUUCUGCCUCCUCGGUUGGGAGCUGGCAACGGCCGUCAUAGGCCUGGAGCUCUGCGGCUCGAUGAAUGUCACCCCCCCCCUCCCCGCAGCUUGCCUAGUGCUCCUUUCCUCCCCGCCCCCGCCACUCCUGUGCCUCUGAACCUGGGUCCUCUCCCCCCUCUUUGUCUCCCCAUUCUCCUCUCUGGACCUUCCCAACCCUUAGCUCCUAGCGCCCAUUUUUCUGCCCCUCAGUUUUCCUUCCCCCUGACCUCAUCCCCAGCCUUGUGUGCAAUAUGGAGAGAGACCCUGUAAAUAAAAUCUGUCCCCAAUUUGGCCUCCUUUUAUGCUCUGGUGAUGCACUUUCCAGAGCCUGCCCCUCUGCCUGGGGUUUCCUCCAACUUCUCAUGGUGUUGCUGUUUCACAGCCCCUCUUCCCCAAAUCCCAGUUCAGAGGGGGUUCUAACUGGCGACUUCAGUGCAGUCGAGGGCAGGUCCCUCAGCCUGACCUAGGGGCUGUCUCCUGGUUCCAAUCAGGCUGCCUUCUGGUGUGCCAGGAACCCCCCCCCCAACCCUAGAUAUUUCUAGACAUUUCUCCCUUCCUCUGCGUUUGGACUUUGGGAGCCUUCUAUUUAAAAUGAAGUCAUAACGGCUGCAUUUGCACAGCUGGAUCCCCCCAUCUACCGCACAGGGAGGCAUCUGAGGCUCAGAAAGAUCAAAGUGACUUCUAAGUCCCUCAAAGUAGCUGGGGGCCUCGAAGGGACUGGAACCCAGGCAUCCCAAGCCCAGAGCAUGCCCCAGAGCCUCAUUCUGUGUGACGAUAUUAGCUUGAACUUCUUGUUGGACAAUGGACAGUUGCUAGGGAUUCGCUGACAGCCAGCACAGGCUUGGCGAGGCCUGGGAUGCAGCGAGUGUGCAGAAGAGGGCGCCAGGAGGUGGAAGAAGGGGGGGCAGAGGGGACAGCCACUGCUUCACCACUUUGCCCACUUUCCCAGGUUGCGUGUGCUCUGCCUUUACUGCCUUCUGCCCCUGGUCAUGCUGCCACCCUCCCUGCCUUUGGAUCACGGAUGUAUUGCAAUAAAAAGGACCCCU